GCCGUAAUGAGCACCGAGCGCUGAUAAACGAAUAAUUUUUUAGCCACUGUAGAUCGUAACACUUCGAGUUAGUGUGAGAAAAGCGGCAGUCGUGUUUGGUUGAAUAUGAUUCGUACGAAGUUUUAUCAGUGACUAUUUUAAAAAUGAAUUUUUUAAUUUCGAAACUCAUGUGGAAAAAUGGGACGAGGAUCAAUCAGUACAUGUUCGCAAUUCUAAUAACGAUCCCGCUGCUGAACUUCGGCAUGGUCCAGGGAUGGCUGUCGCCCAUGAUAUCGGCGCUGCAGUCGCCGGAGGGCCCGGUGGAGGAGCCCUUCACCAGCUCGGAGAUCUCCUGGGUGACGUCGGUGACGUACAUCACGGCCAUCAUCUUCGGCGCGCCCAUGGGCUACCUGACCGACCGGUUCGGCCGCAAGAAUAUGACUCUUAUGACUACGUUGUCAUUAGUUCUGUACUGGCAGAUAAAGCUGCUAAGUCUGAAGCCGUGGGCGCUGAUCCUGGCGCGAGCCAUCGCGGGUAUACCGUGCUCUGCCUGCUACAUAGUUCUGCCCAUCUACCUCAAGGAGAUCAGCGACAUCGACCUACGAGGCGCGUUGGGAUCUCUACUCAUUUUAAAUAGAAACAUUGGGUACUUGACAAGCUACGUGUUUGCGGACCUGCUGGAGGUGGCGCCGAUGCUGUGGAUGGGGCUGCUGGUCCCCACCGUGGUGUUCUUCCUGUUCCUCAUCAUGCCGGAGACCCCGGAGUUUUUGGUGAAGCAGGGGAAGAUUGAUGAAGCGAAAAAUGUUUUAGCGUGGCUGAGGGGUGUGAGUCCCGUGGACCAGGGGCUGGAGCAGGAGAUAGACGUCAUAGUAAAAGCCGAGAAACAGACCAAGGCUGAUAAUAAAUCCGUCUGGAAUAUUAUUUUAAAGGACAGACCGACGUUCAAAGCGUUCAUCAUAACGCUGGUGAUAAAAAUAACGCAGCAGUUCGACGGCUACCUCAUAGUGCUGAUCUUCGCCGGCUUCGUCUUCGAGAAGGCGUCCGGCUUCAUCAGCCUGAAGCUCAGCCCCAACAAGCAGGUCAUCAUCAUCGGGGUGGUGCAGCUGCUCGGGUCCAUAGUCGCCACUGCCAUCGUUGAGAAGACUGGAAGAAAGUUACUGCUGAUCCUCACGUCGUUUGCGAUGGGCGUGGGCAUGCUGGCGCUGGGCGGGUGGUUUUACGCCACCGGCGACGGGAUAUGGCUGCCGGGCUGGCUGCCGGUGCUCGCCAUGUGUCUGUGCAUCUUCGCCGAUGCCGCCGGCUUCCAGCCCAUCUCCUACAUCAUCAUCACUGAUCUAUUCAGCUUCCAGCUGCGAGGCACGGUGUCGUCGUUCGCCAACAUCUGCGCGAAACUCAGCAACUUCGUGCAGAUGAAGUGGUUCACGAUGCUGUGCGAGCUGAUCAGCAUCCACUGGACGUUCUUCUUCUUCUCCUCCGUGUGCUUCGCGGCGGGCAUCUACACCAUCUUCGCCUUCCCGGAGACGAGGAACAAGUCCGUCGAGGAGAUCUACGCUAAGCUCUCUACUAAGAAGAAGAAGAAGGAUCUCGUUGAAACCGUACCCUAGUGAAAGCCAUAGUAAAAAAUAAGGUACUAAGAUAAUCCGUUUCAUAUGCAGAUGGCGGAACUACUUGGUCGGGUUAUAUCAAAUCAUUGCCUGCUGUAUUAUUGGUUAUUUUGACGUUCCCCGACCAAACUACGCAGGUCCGCCAUAUGCCUACGAAUUUCUCAAAUAGUAACAGUGUAUGUAAUUUAGAUUAUGUAGAAAAAUAUUCAAUACCUUUUAAAGGCUGUUUGUUGAGAAACAAGUGUAAUAAGGCAGUAGGUAUACAUUGUAUUUCUUCGAAAUCACACUCUGUGUAGGCAAAGCCGCAAAUAGCAAUUAUUUAAUAUUUCACUAUACUAUUGAGUCUUCAAAAAUUGUUUUAUGUACUUAAUAAAUAUAAGGCUAUUCAUUUCUCCAGUUACAUUAAAGACGUAAAUGGAUGAAGUGGAUAACUAUAACAAUUUGGAAAUGUUCAUUUUUUUUUUGCAUAAACUGAUUAAAUUUACAAAGAAAUGUGGAUUUUAUGAGCGUAGCCAGAUAUAUUUGUCAGAUGAUGAAGCAAGUAAGUUAGGUUUGUUUAAAUUGUAAGGAAAAAAUAUGUAAUUGCCAAUAUAUUAUAAACGUUAGUUGUCAACUUCAUCCACUUACGUCUUCAAUUAAGCUCUUCAAUAGUAGGGAUGCGUUAUUACUUAUUGGUGAAAUCAACAUUUAAAUUGAUACUGAUUAACACUUUUAACUUAUCCCGAAUAGAACAGAAGUACGCUGAUAUAUUGAGCGUAGCAUUUAUUUCAAUUAUACUACAAGUCCAUGAAGAAAAUUAACCGGUGAAAUAAACCAUAUUAUUAUAAGAUACUUUAACCUAAUAGUUAUGGAAAAGUACACUUUUCCAGCGCAGGGGUCGAAAACCAGCGAAAACCAUGGGUCGCAUUCGCACCUCACUGCGUACUCGCGACCCGUACUCAGAAAUGACGACACAGUGCCUAGUUAUUUUCUGGUAUGGUGAUAGAACUUUCACGUUGGUUCAUUUCACCGGUUAAUUUUCUUCUUGGGUUUGUUGUCUAAACGUAGUUAUAAGGAACAAAGUCAUAACUACUGUUAUUAUGAGAAUUGACACUAUUUUUAAAAUAGAAAUAAAGGCUGUAUA